AUGGACAUUCUCAUGGUGGUCUCAGAUGCUGCAUGGAAGACAGCAAUUCUACACAAACUGAAGCGAGGUGAAAUUGUGACCACCAUUGAUCUCAAUAUGAAGAUGGCUGAGUACACAAAUAUCAGCUUCACCAUGUGGGAUGUGGGCAGCCAGGACAAGAUCUGGUCUUUGUGGUGCCACUACUCCCAGAACGCCCAAGGUUUGAUCUUUGUAGUGGACAGCAAUGACAGGGAGCAUGUGAACGAGGCUGGUGAAGAGCUCGUGAGGACACGAGCUGGAGACGAGUUCCGGGGUGCUCUUCUCUUGGUGUUUGUCAACCAGUAG